AUGAUCAGAGAAGAGUACGAAUUCGGUAAAGUUAGUGUAUUAAAUAGAAGGAAUUAUACUUUAAUUAUCGAUGAAGACAGGAAUGGUAGUUUUGUAAGAUUCACUGUUUUACCUGAAUCUAAUUUAAAGCUCAAGAAAUUUAAGCAGAAUGAAAGAGUGGAAGCUAAGAUGGGUGCACAGUAUCAUCGAAUUGUACUUGUCUUACUGUUGAAUAUUUUGUUUGACGGAAUUUGUGUGAGAUCAAGACUGCUCGAACACAUCAAUGGGUUUUUUAGAUGGAGAAUUGGGUCAAGUUGUCAAGGUGUGAUUAUGAUGGCAUUGUUUGCCCUAGGUACAAUUGCGCUUGUGAGAGAACCUAGUGUGGAAAGUGUAACAAUUUUCAAAGGGACAGGACUACAGUUCUCCAGAGUGAAGGGUAUAGUUGUUUUCCCUCAGCAGUGGAAUCGGAAGUUUUUUGAACAAGUGGAAUUUAUAUCUAAUGAGAGAGUUAUUGACGUUGUGAUUAAUGAAGGAUUUUGUCGUGGAUUCAGAGUGAUAUUCUACCUUUCAGCAAUUGUACGUAAAGCAUCUAGACUCAAACUUUUAUUUCCAUCAAAUUUACCUAAUAUCGACGACCAACGGUUAAUAUACAAUAUAUCCAGGAAAUACCUCAACGAGCAGGAGAAACCGUUAUGCAGACUGAAAGAUUGA